AUGGUUUCGACGUCCUCUUGCACGACGGACGAGUCUUGCAUUGUCCUCAAGGAUGGAGGGGUUCGUGCGGAGGCGUUUGCCGUACUCUCGUCAGAGGGAUCAGUCCCUGUUUUCUCCCCUGACAAUCCGACCACGGUGUCGGCCGUCCUGGUUGCACCUGAGUCGGUGGGGCUCUGCGGCGAGUUUUCGCUCGAUGGACGUCUGUCUUCCGGAGCUGCGUCAAGGUCGCUUUCUGCCGUGUGGAACGUUUCGACGACAACUGCAAGCAACAGCGCUGCCGUGGUGGCUGUGGCAGGGGCUCUUGAGCCGUUUCAGGGAUCCCUGCAUGCAACGCUAAACUCAACCUCGCUCGAGCCCCUUGUGGAAUUCGAAAUCUCGCUCAUAGUGGAGAACUUCCUGGGUUCUUUUGACACGGCUGCAGUCACCGUCACCAGAGUCAACGAAGACGUCCCGUCAGUGGUAGUGGUGGGUCCAGCGACAAAGACAGCGAUAAGGAGUCGAGUAACCUCUCUGAGGAUGGCUGCGACACCACCUGCCUGCGGUGAUGCUUCGAGUUUGUCAUUCUCCUGGACAGAGUCAGGCACGGACGGCUAUGAUGCCCUGGGCACAAGUGUAAUGGAGGAUUUGGUGGGAAACGACCCCACGGCCCUCACAAUACCAGCGUACACCCUCGGCUACCCCGGGCCCAUGUACCGAUUCCACGCAACGGUAUCAUCGGGAACGUUAACAUCGGGGGCGGUCGUGGAGAUUAUCGUGGGACAAGGAGCUGUGAGGGCUGCUAUCAGUGGCGGUCAAUACCGGCAACACACCGUAGGUGCCGACCUCGUUCUGGACGGCAGCGAAUCACUUGACGAGGACGAUAUUCCGGAAGAGGAGUUUCCUCUCAGGUACUCCUGGUCCUGUUCCGAAAAUUGCUCUGGAGUGGCGGAUGGGUAUUCUGGCUCGGACGAGGCAAUCUUCACGAUUCCCAGCGGGAGCUUGGAGGCAGGCUUGGUGUACGAGUUCUCCCUGAACAUUAGCAAGGGAACGGCAGAAUCUGAUGCUGUCUAUGGCGUCUUUCGUUCAGACGUCGCGACCGUCCAAGUUCAAGUGAACGGUGACUUGGACCUCGCGACGGCGGAUUGGGGUGAUUUCUUCACCGGCACCAAGACUGGGGCCAAUCUUGUGGUUAGACCGCACGUACUGACGGGUGGAUCGUCUUACACGUUCCGGCUUUCAGCGGUGGACCCCGCUUCCGGAGAAACAGGCUUUGCGGAGAUAUAUUUCGAUGUGAACGCACCUCCGUCGGGUGGAUAUGUCGAAGCGACCCCAAGGGCGGGGGUUGCAGCCAUCGACAUGUUUUCUCUGGAGGCUUUGCUAUGGGAGGAUGAUCUGGAAGAUCUUCCGUUGAAAGUCUCCUUCUUCUACGUUGCGGGUCAGUCGCUGAUGGAUGAAUACACAGCCGUGGCCAGCGUCACGGAAGACAUUCCAGGGGAAACAACAUCGAUUGUCAGAGCGUUUGCCUCCCUGCUCAUCGUCGAGAUCAACAACAGUGCCGCGGCCACACCCACUGAGGAACAAGAAUUCCAGGUGUGGGCUACUCGGGAAAGAUACGACGUGCAUUCAUAUCCGCUGAGCUCUCGAAUGCAUGACAUGACCUUUGUGGCUACCAUGAUUGAUGCAACCGUGCGCGAGUCCACCGUGUUGGACUACUCGACGACAAUGGCCGGUGCAAUACUAGACACGAUGGUGGUUUUGUCGAGCAGCGAAAAGGCGUUGAACACGGAUUCGCAGUCGAUAGUACUCCUCAUGGAGGCCGGAAUGGAAGACGGCGAAGGUGUGAUGACGAUCGAAAGUGAAUACGUGCAAGCGAGCUGUCUCGUCACUUCAAGCACGGGGAGCCUGAGUUUCGACACCGGAACAUCAUCGGUGUCAUUCGAAGACGGCGUUCUUGCUUCUCCAUCAUCGCCAUCAACGAGGAGGCGGAUGACCCAUGAAAUUGACGGGGGCUUGAAGUGCAAAUCAGGCCGAUGUGCUCGAUCGACAAGACAUAUGCCAAAAUCAUCCUCUCGUCGACUGAAUAGUGUGUCCUCGACAUCUACGUCAACGGUGGUGGUCACCAACCAGCUCUUCAAUGCCAAUGACCGGCCGUCGGCUCUCGUCAACGGGGGUGUCACACAGAUCAAAGUUUCGAGUACCAGUGACGGAGAGGACAUCGCGUUGGCAGGCCCGGUACAGCUGACAAUGAGGGCCUCAAUGACAUCGAGUGCUCAGCUCCCGUCGUGCUCAUACUACAACGAGGACACCGGCCUCUGGGAUUCAGAGGGCCUCGCUAUUGGCGCAGUUGCGGUGCUGACCGACGCGGCAGACAGCGCAGUGGAUGUCCUCGUGUCCUGUGUGACGUUUCACCUGUCGGACUUCGGUGUGGCAACCACAGAAGUCGAGCCCGUCUUCCAACCGGUGACACUGGGGGCAGGCCUCAGUGUCGUCAGGGGAAGGGAGAUCACCGCAUGGGGACUUGUGCUGACGGUAGGCGCCUUGAUCCUUUUGGGCAUCGUCUGGAGCGUCUCCAGGAUAGCAGAUCAUCGUUCGAAAACGGCCGAAAGGCUUCAGACAAGGGCCUACGACCACUACAUCGAAACAGGACAUCCCCAGCGGCUACCGACUUUGGAAGACAUCAUGGACUUGAAACAGACGCUAGAGAAAAAGCACAAGACAAGACGGAAAAAACGGGACGAGUCAUUUGCAAGAUACCUCAGACGGAAGUUAUUCCAACGCCCAAAGGUUGAAUACGCUCAAAUUUUGGCAAGCUUAGCGGCGACGCUACCGGCCUCAAUCGUCGUUCCACGGGCGUUUGCUGCCUCAGCAACACCACCUCCUUCGGUCACCGCGAAACGCAAUUGGUUGCAGGUGGUGGCGGACAUGAAAGGUAAAUCCCAAGCUUCGAAGCUAACUCCAUCAUGGGAGUACGGCAGCAAGUCGAGUGGGAUACUGCUGGCAGCACUGGUCCAGCUUGUGCUCAACAUAGUGUGUGGAUGUCUUUGCUUUGCACUCGGUGCGGACGACGCCCUGGAAAAAGCAUUGAGUGCCGCCGUGGUCGGUAGCCAUGUUCAGAGCUUUCUGUUUUUAGAUGCAUUCUUCUCGAACAAGACGACGAUGUUCACAUUGUUGAGCUAUAAGGCAGUCUCCAAUCUCGUCUUCGUAAGCUUGGGGCUCACUACGCUGCAGCUGGUACUGGCAUUUUAUUGCAUGCAGAUGGAAGAGACAGGCUUUGGGCUGUACCUGUCGGUGUUCAUCAUCUCCCUGAUCAAGCUCAUAGUGUGCCAGAUGGGUGAGCUGGUGCCUUCCAUGGGUGCCAUCAACGAACAUACCAUGACGCAGGUGCCCGUAAUAUCGUCUUGA